CGACGGCUGGACUUGCCGGCCGGCGCCUUGGGGGCGGCCGCGGUGGAGGCAGCGGCCCGAGGCCGCGUCCGUCCAUGGGCCCGCAGCGGCCGGGCGGCGGGGCGGGGCGCGAGGCGGCGCGCGCGCUCUGAGGCCGCGGCAAGCAGGCGGGGCGCGGCGUGAGCGGGGAGGCCUUUCCGGGCCUGCGGCGGCCAGCGCAAAAUGCGGCGGCGGCCGCGCUGAGUCCCGACCUCCGGGAGCGCGCUGGGCUGAAGUGGCCCGCGCUGCGGCCGCCUAGGCGACAUGUCGGCGGCCAAGGAAAACCCGUGCAGGAAAUUUCAGGCCAACAUCUUCAACAAGAGCAAGUGUCAGAACUGCUUCAAGCCCCGCGAGUCGCAUCUGCUCAACGAUGAGGACCUGACACAGGCUAAACCCAUUUAUGGUGGCUGGCUGCUCCUGGCUCCAGAUGGCACUGACUUUGACAACCCAGUGCACCGGUCUCGGAAGUGGCAGCGACGAUUCUUCAUCCUGUAUGAGCAUGGCCUCUUGCGCUACGCCCUGGAUGAGAUGCCCACCACCCUCCCUCAGGGCACCAUCAACAUGAACCAGUGCACAGAUGUGGUAGAUGGGGAGGCCCGCACAGGACAGAAGUUCUCCCUUUGCAUUCUGACACCCGACAAGGAACAUUUUAUCAGGGCAGAGACCAAGGAGAUCAUCAGUGGGUGGCUAGAGAUGCUCAUGGUGUAUCCCAGAACCAACAAGCAGAACCAGAAGAAGAAACGGAAAGUAGAGCCGCCUACUCCACAGGAACCUGGGCCUGCUAAAAUGGCGGUCACAAGCAGCAGUGGCAGCAGCGGUGGAAGCAGCAGUAGCAGCAUUCCCAGUGCCGAGAAAGUCCCUACCACCAAAUCCACACUCUGGCAAGAAGAAAUGAGAGCUAAAGACCAGCCUGAUGGGAACAGCCUGAAUCCAGCUCAGAGUCCCAGCCAAAGCCUGCCUCCUGCUGUUUGUACCCCACGGGAAAUUGGGCUAGAAAGCAAAGAAGAUGAAAGCGCCAUGAGUGGGGACCGUGUGGAUGGUGGUCGGAAAGUACGGGUAGAAAGCGGCUACUUCUCCCUGGAGAAGGCCAAGCAGGACCUGAGGGCUGAGGAGCAACUGCCCCCACCACUGUCCCCACCCAGCCCCAGCACCCCACACAGCAGGUAUGGUUGUCCUGGAUCGCCUUCACAGGAACUCGGCCACCCCCUUCAUUCCCCAGGUCUUCCAGCCCCAAGCCGCAUGGUCUACAGCAUCUGCUCCGACAACCUGGGUGAAGCCAGCAGGCCACCCAACCAUAUGGACUCCAGCAGUGCUGGGGGGUGGGGAACAGAGAUACUGGGGAGCACCUUUGCCUUUAAAGCCAGCAGGCAGUAUGCCGCCCUGGCCGACAUCCCUAAGGCCAUCCGGAUCAGCCAUCGAGAAGCCUUCCAGGUGGAGAGAAGGCGAUUGGAGCAUAGGACUCGGGCCCGGAGCCCUGGCAGGGAAGAGGUGGCCCGUCUGUUUGGCAACGAGCGGAGGAGGUCCCAGGUAAUUGAAAAAUUUGAGGCCUUGGACAUUGAAAAGGCAGAGCACAUGGAAACCAACAUGCUGAUUAUGACCACUCCAUCAAGUGACACUCGUCAGGGCCGCAGUGAGAAACGGGCCAUCCCUAGAAAGCGGGACUUUGCCAGUGAAGCCCCCACAGCUCCUCUCUCAGAUGCUUGUCCCCUGUCUCCACACCGAAGAGCCAAGUCAUUGGACAGGAGGUCCACAGAAUCCUCCAUGACGCCUGACCUACUGAAUUUCAAGAAAGGCUGGCUAACCAAGCAGUAUGAGGAUGGCCAGUGGAAGAAACACUGGUUUGUUCUGGCUGAUCAGAGCCUGAGAUACUACAGGGAUUCCAUGGCUGAGGAGGCAGCUGACCUAGAUGGAGAAAUUGACUUGUCAACCUGUUACAAUGUCACUGAGUAUCCAGUCCAGAGAAACUAUGGCUUUCAGAUACAUACCAAGGAGGGUGAGUUCACCCUGUCGGCCAUGACAUCUGGCAUACGACGGAACUGGAUCCAGACCAUUAUGAAACAUGUGCUCCCAGCAUCUGCCCCAGAUGUGACCAGCUCAUUGCCUGAGGAAAAGAAUAAAAGUACAUCCUCUUUUGAGACCUGCCCAAGGCCGAAUGAGAAGCAAGAAAAUGAGCCAGGAGAGCCAGACCCUGAGCAGAAGAAGAGCCGUGCUCGAGAGCGGAGGCGGGAGGGCCGCUCCAAGACAUUUGACUGGGCUGAAUUCCGCCCCAUCCAACAGGCCCUGGCUCAAGAAAGGGCCAAUACUGUGGGCUCCUCUGAUGCUGGUGAACCUGGGCGUCCUGAAGCCGAACCAGGUGAGCUAGAGCGUGAACGAGCUCGACGGCGAGAAGAACGCCGCAAGCGCUUUGGGAUGCUGGAUACUGUUGAUGGGCCAGGUAUGGAGGAUACAGCACUACGUAUGGACAUAGACCGAAGCCCAGGGCUGCUGGGACCCCCAGAACUCAAGACACAGAAUGUCCAUGUGGAAAUUGAGCAGCGGUGGCACCAAGUGGAAACUACCCCUCUCAGGGAGGAGAAACAGGUGCCUAUUGCCCCUCUGCACCUAUCUUUAGAGGACAGAAGUGAGCGGAUCUCCACACAUGAGCUCACCUCUCUGCUAGAGAAAGAGCUGGAGCAGAGCCAGAAAGAGGCCUCGGAUCUUCUAGAGCAGAACCGGCUUUUGCAGGACCAGUUAAGGGUGGCUCUGGGCCGAGAGCAGAGUGCCCGGGAGGGCUAUGUGCUGCAGACUGAAGUUGCCACCUCCCCAUCGGGUGCCUGGCAGAGGCUCCAUAGAGUCAACCAAGACCUCCAAAGUGAACUGGAAGCUCAGUGCCGACGGCAAGAGCUCAUCACGCAACAGAUUCAGACCCUGAAACAUAGCUAUGGGGAGGCCAAGGAUGCAAUCCGACAUCAUGAGGCUGAGAUUCAGAUCCUGCAAGCAAGACUUGGUAAUGCAGCUGCAGAGUUGGCCCUUAAGGAGCAGGCUCUAGCCAAGCUCAAGGGUGAGCUGAAGCUGGAGCAGGGCAAAGUUCGUGAGCAACUGGAGGAAUGGCAGCACAGCAAGGCCAUGCUGAGUGGCCAGCUGAGGGCCAGUGAGCAGAAACUCAGAAGUACAGAAGCCUUGCUGCUAGAGAAGACACAGGAACUGAGGGACCUAGAAACACAGCAGGCAUUGCAACAGGACCGACAGAAGGAAAUGCAGAGGCUUCAGGAAUGCAUUGCUGAGCUCAGCCAGCAGCUAGGUACCAGUGAACAGGCCCAGAAUCUGAUGGAGAAGAAGCUGAAGAGAAACUACACAUUGUUGCUGGAGAGCUGUGAGCAGGAGAAGCAGGCGCUGUUGCAGAACCUGAAGGAGGUAGAGGACAAGGCCAGUGCCUAUGAGGAGCAGCUACAAGGCCAUGUGCAGCAGGUAGAGGCCCUCCAGAAAGAGAAACUGAGUGAGACAUGCAAAGGCAGUGAACAGGUGCACCUGCUAGAGGAAGAACUGGAGGCCCGGGAGGCUAGCAUCCGCCAGUUAGCCCAGCAUGUACAGAGCCUCCAUGAUGAACGGGAUCUCAUCAAGCAACAAUUCCAAGAGCUCAUGGAACGUGUGGCCACCUCUGAUGGGGACGUGGCUGAGCUCCAAGAGAAGCUGAGGGGAAAAGAAGCUGACUACCAGAACCUAGAGCACUCACACCACAGGGUCUCUGUCCAGCUACAGAGUGUGCGCACUCUGCUGAGAGAAAAGGAAGAGGAGCUCAAGCACAUUAAGGAAGCACAUGAGAGAGUUCUAGAAAAGAAAGACCAAGACCUCAAUGAGGCUCUGGUUAAAAUGAUUGCCUUGGGCAGCAGCUUAGAGGAAACAGAAAUUAAGCUGCAGGAAAAGGAAGAGUGUCUAAGGAGAUUUGUAAGUGAGUCUCCAAAGGAUGCCAAAGAGCCUCAGAGUACAGCAGAGCAAACAGAGGACAGUGGCAUUUUGCCGCUAGGCUCAGUCACCAGAGUAUUUCCAGGCUUUCCCCACUCACAGCCAGAGGAUGAAGACCCAGGUGCUAGCCAAAGGGAAGAGUGUAGCGGUGGUAGCCCCAGCAGAGAGAACGUGUUAGCCCCAAAAUCUGCAGAUGUGCCUGACAGGGAGGGGCAUCUGCAAAGCUCCUCUAAGUCUGACCAGGGAGCACCUUUAAAAAGGCCAAGAAUCCGGUUCUCUACAAUCCAGUGCCAAAGGUACAUACACCCUGAGGGGUGUGCAAAGGCCUGGACUAGUAGCACAUCAUCAGACACCAGCCAGGACCAAUCACCCUCAGAGGACAGCGUGUCCUCAGAAGCUACCCCUAGCACACUCCCUGCAGCUGCAGAUGCUGAAACAUACAUCUCUAUAAUCCACUCCCUGGAGACAAAGCUCUAUGUCACAGAGGAGAAGCUCAAAGAUGUGACCAUGAGGCUGGAGAGCCAGCAGGGCCAGAGUCAGGAGGCUUUGCUUGCAUUGCACCAGCAGUGGGCUGGCACUGAGGCACAGUUACAGGAGCAACUCCGUGCCAGCCUGCUACAGGCUAGUGCACUGGCCUCUCAGCUAGAGCAGGAGAGACAGGAGAAGGCCACAAACAUCGAGCAUCAUCACCCUGAGGAGCUAGAAGACUUCCAAUUCAAAAAUAGUCAAGCCCUGACAUGCUUAGAAAACUGCUGGAAAAAGUUAAGGUCUCUGCCAUUUGCUGACCAGGAGGAAGGACAGGAUGCAUGUGCAGCCUCCCUGGCUAACAUAGAGAGUAUGCUUGUGAGUGCUAUAAAGGCCCUUCAGCCAUGGGCAUCCCCAGUAGACAGCAGGACACAGACUCAGCAAGAGAAGGGACACCCCAUGGAAAGGGGCCUGGCAACCCCUGUACAGCAGCCCUGCCAGCCCAUAUUGAAUGAGCAGGAACAUAGGAAGCUGCUUUCUGCUCAGAUAGUCCUGGAGGCCUCACUCAUCAACCAAAUAGCUGACUCGCUAAAGAAUACCACUUCAGAUGUGUAUGGUGUUCUCUGUGAGCUUACUCGGUCAGGGGAGUGGCCACUGAAGGAAGAAAGUGCUGCCCUCUCUACUGGGGCUCCAGUGGAGAUCUGGGCCAAGAAAGUGCUGGUGAAUGGUGAGUUCUGGAGCCAAGUUGAGUCCCUAAGUAAGCACCUAGGGACACUGGGAGAAGAAACAGCCUGCACCUCAGGAGACAGGCAGCAUCAUAUUCCCCAAAGUCUGGCUGAUGCCACAUGGAUUCGUGCAGAGCUCAGCUAUGCCACACAAUCAUUAAGAGAAUUGUUUCACCAUAGGCUACAGAGCAUACAGGAGACCCUACAAGGGACCCAAGCAGCCCUACAGCAGCACAAAUGCAUGCUGGGAGAAAUCUUGGGAGCCUACCAAACCCCAGAUUUUGAAAGAGUAAUACAGCAGAUCUUAGAAACCCUCAGGCAUCCAGCUGGCAGGGAGGACCAGGUACAGACGUCCUGGGACCAGAGCCUAUUAGGAGAGGUACUGAAGCCAGGCACAGAUGGCUCCCAAGAGCCCUUGCAGGCUUUCCACCAGAGCCCUGAAGUCCUUGCUGCCAUUCAGGAUGAGCUGGCCCAGCAGCUGAGAGAAAAAGCUAGCAUCCUUGAGGAGAUUUCAGCUGCCUUGCCAGCUCUACCUCCCACAGAGCAACUUGGAGGUUGCCAGAGGCUUCUGCAGAUGUCCCAGCAUCUCUCAUAUGAUGCUUGUCUAGAGGGUCUUGGUCAGUAUUCUUCAUUACUGGUUCAAGAUGCAAUUAUUCAGGCUCAAGUGUGUUAUGCAGCAUGCAAAAUUCGGCUGGAGUAUGAAAAGGAGCUACGAUUUUAUAAGAAAGCCUGUCAGGAUACUACAGGAGGCACUUGCCAGAAGCGUGCACAAGCGGUUGGGGCCCUGAAGGAGGAGUAUGAAGAACUUCUCCACAAGCAGAAGAGUGAGUACCAGAAAGUGAUCACCCUCAUUGAAAAGGAAAACACUGAGCUCAAGGCCAAAGUAAGCCAGAUGGACCAUCAGCAGAGAUGUCUACAAGAAGCAGAAAGCAAACACAGUGAAAGCAUGUUUGCCCUGCAGGGCAGGUAUGAGGAGGAGAUUAGGUGCAUGGUGGAGCAGCUGAGCCACACUGAAAAUACACUGCAGGCUGAGCGUAGCCGGGUUCUCAGCCAGCUAGAUGCUUCAGUCAAAGACAGGCAGGCCAUGGAACAACAACAUGUGCAACAAAUGAAAAUGCUGGAGGACAGGUUCCAGCUGAAGGUCCGGGAGCUGCAAGCUGUCCAUCAGGAGGAGCUGAGGGCCUUGCAGGAGCACUAUGUAUGGAGCCUGCGGGGAGCCCUCAGCCUCUGCCAACCCUCACACCCAGAUUCCCCACUGGCCCCCAGGCCAUCUGAGCCCAGAGCUGUGCCAACAGCCAAAGAUGAAGCUGAAUCCAUGACAGGGCUACGAGAACGCAUCCAGGAGCUGGAGGCCCAAAUGGAUAUCAUGCGAGAAGAGCUGGGCCACAAAGAGCUGGAGGGUGAUGUGGCCACCCUGCGGGAGAAGUACCAGCGGGACUUUGAGAGCCUCAAGGCUACAUGUGAGCGAGGCUUUGCUGCCAUGGAAGAAACACACCAAAAGAAGAUUGAAGAUCUACAGAGGCAACAUCAGCGGGAGCUGGAGAAGCUGCGGGAGGAAAAGGACCGCCUCCUGGCUGAGGAGACAGCUGCCACCAUCUCAGCCAUUGAAGCCAUGAAGAAUGCUCAUCGGGAGGAGAUGGAACGGGAAUUAGAGAAGAGCCAGCGGUCUCAGAUCAGCAGCAUCAAUUCAGACAUCGAAGCCCUGAGGCGACAGUACCUGGAGGAGCUACAGUCAGUGCAGAGGGAGCUGGAGGUCCUUUCGGAGCAGUACUCCCAGAAGUGCCUGGAGAAUGCACACCUGGCCCAGGCGCUGGAGGCUGAGCGGCAGGCCCUGAGGCAAUGCCAGCGUGAGAACCAGGAACUCAAUGCCCACAAUCAGGAGCUGAAUAAUCGACUGGCUGCGGAGAUCACACGGUUGAGGACACUACUGACUGGAGAUGGUGGUGGGGAGUCCACUGGGUUGCCACUCACGCAGGGCAAGGAUGCCUACGAAUUAGAGGUCUUGUUGCGGGUCAAAGAGUCAGAAAUACAGUACCUGAAGCAGGAGAUCAGCUCCCUCAAGGAUGAACUACAGACAGCCCUUCGGGAUAAGAAGUAUGCUAGUGACAAGUACAAAGACAUCUAUACAGAGCUCAGCAUUGCAAAGGCCAAAGCUGACUGUGAUAUCAGCAGGUUGAAAGAGCAGCUAAAAGCAGCCACAGAGGCCCUGGGCGAGAAAUCUCCUGAGGGCACUACUGUGUCAGGAUAUGACAUCAUGAAAUCUAAAAGCAAUCCUGACUUCCUGAAAAAAGACAGAUCCUGUGUUACCAGGCAACUCAGAAACAUCAGGUCCAAGUCCGUAAUUGAGCAGGUCUCAUGGGAUAACUGAGUCGCGCCCGCUUCCAAGUCCCCUGUCGUGUAGAGUCUGAAGGAAGGCCUGACGGUGCAAGAGCGCUUAAAGCUCUUCGAGUCCAGGGACUUGAAGAAAGACUAGCUGCGUCCUGAUCCACCCAACACAUCCUUCCCAGCUGGUGGCAGCACAAGCCCUGUGGGGCUUUCAUCUGCAUCUGUGCUUUUCACUGUUGCCAUCGUUAACUGUGGGUAUGGAUGCAUGAGAGACUGCUGUGUGGGGUGUUUGCUCCAUUCCCUUCCCUGUUGAUUCCAACUUCCAUUGUCUGUCUUUAUCACAGCUUUUUCCCCAUGGUAUUCAGAUUAGUCACGCUCAAGCAGCAGUGAGGAGGGCUUCCCCACUGACAUCUGAGCAGGACCCCUUUGUCCUCCCAUCACACUCACUGACAGUAUUAAGGCACAGCAGCCUGUUAAUAAGCUACCCUGCCUCAGAGCAUACCCGUGGGGACCUGCCAAUGGUUCUGCUCCACGGCACCCAGCUGAGCACCGCCCCUGCUGGUUAGAGCAGAGCCACAGAAUGUUCUAGUCUGGCCUGGUUGUUGAGGGGCCUUGGAUAGUGUCCAGCCUGUCCCCACUUCCUUUUGACCUGGAAGGACAGCAUUUUGUAUUUGGCCCACUGAUGCAGCUUAGAACCAUACCCCAGAUAAUCCUGGCAAAUCUUUCACAACCUGGAAAAUGUUGAAAGCAACCAUUCCUAUUUUGGUUUUUUUAUUAAAUCUUGCACAAAAGCCCGGGCCCCUCUCAUUCCUUCCUCCGCUCGUGCCUCCCUUGCCUUCCUAACCCUGGUCCUCUGGUGGCUGAGAAUGGUGACCUGCAGCCUGCACCUUCAGGCUUGUCAAGUGUGAUGCUCCCCCUGGGCCAUCUAGAGGGGGCAAGUUGCUGGGCUUUAACCUGUCUGAAAAGAAGUUGUCAAUGUUGCUUGGGGAAGGGAUGAGAGGAGACCUGUGUGUGAAGACAGGGCUGCUACCAAUAGCAGCAUGUGCUCAGGACUCUGAUUUGUCUGAGCUCUGGAAGGUUCCCUUGAAGUGUCUGCUUCUCAUGGAGCCAUUAGCAGGGAACCUAUGCUAACAAGUUUUCUUUUCUAACUAGCUGAAUAAGACCUUUCUAACUACUCAAAGCAUUCUACAGUGUUUUCUUUUUUAAAAGAAAGAAAACAAUUUAGAGGUUUCUGUUCUCAUUAAACACACUCUCUCUCUCUCUCUCUCUCUCUCUCUCUCUCUCUCUCUCUCUCUCUCUCUCUCUCUCUCAUACCAUAAGGUAUAGCAUACAAAAGAGCCCCAUGUCAGAUGGGAGAGUCAAUGGCUUUAUAACUAGAUCCCACUGUCCUGAGUCCCAGGUCCCUGGCUUGAACUUCCACUUUGUUAGUGUUGAGUCAGUCAGAUGGUCUCUGGGUACACAAAUUAAACUUAUGUAUAAAUAUCCUCAGUCAGUUCUACAUGAGUUCAAGGUCAUCCAUAGUAUCUAGCUGGCCUUGAAGUAGACAGGCAGAACCCCAGAUAACUGCUUUGUGACAUGUGCAAAUGUGCUACUAUCCCACAGACAAGCCCUUGAGCUUAAGUUCCUCGCUGGCACAUACUAGCUGCUCAGUUACCAUUUGCUUUUGACAUUGGGCAAGUCAGAGCUGUUAAAACAGAACUGUUGGUGAAACAGUGUUUUGAGCUCAGAGUGGGCCAUGGUAGCAUGUGCAUGGCUGGGAUGCAGAGGCUGUAGUUUGUAUUGAGGACCUACUGUUCUCUCUGAUGUGCUUCCUUUGCAACUGUCCUGCUGCCCUUGGGACCCUUUGGCCCCAGUGAAAUCAUCUCCCUGACUUGCCACAGCACCUUCUCAAGAUGCCAAGCCUACAGGUCAAAAGAACUUUUUUUUUUUUGCUUUUCACCUCAGAACCCUUUGACCUUUGUUAAGUAUAGUACUUGGAAAUCAGAGGCAAGGGCUAGGAGAUAAGCUAUACCUAUUGCAUCUGCCACUCAAGUGAAGGUUCACUUGCCAUUACAGCACACUCUGCCUAGGGCUGAUUUCAUGUGUGGUUGUGUGGUAUGUUGGCCAGAUACUAAACUUGCACAGUCCAGGAUGCCUGGAUCAUCUCCCACUGCCCAAGCCACUCUGAGCAGUAAGAUGUGGAUCAGGGUGCAUCUUGAGUUUCUUGGCAGUGACUUCCAGCAGAAGUGAACCAGGAAAGAAGCUGGCCUUCUGUGUCCCUGGUGGUCAUGCAUGCCCACUGCAGCAUUUUUCUUUCCUCCCCCCCAGGCUGUGCAGGGCUCGCUUUUGCCUGACCUCCUUACAGGCAUCCCAUUCCCUGAAAAGAAGCUGAAGUUGGUGUAUUCCAGAGAGGAGGCAUCAAAUGUACAAAUAGAGUUGGUCCAGAUAUCAGUAGAGGAAGAUGUUUGGUUGAGGAUGGGGUAUUGUAGAUCAAGAAGCCUCAGGCUGUUCCAAGCCUAGGCAAUGGCAUGCUUUCCCCAACUAAAUUUUAUUCUCUUAUAAACAUUUGUAAUCUGCAAGCAUAUUGCCAUUACAGGGAACCUGCCUGACAUCAUAUGACAGUUGAUAUGAAUACAUGUUUAAAUUACAUCUUGUACAUGUCUGGUGCCCAGCACCUGAGCAGAGAACACAUUUGUCACACAGAACAGCAGACUUUUUAGUUUGGUGGUGUCCACAGAGCCAGGACCAUAAUGGGAGGCCCAUUGUUUCAGGGAGACCAGAGGAAGCCAGGGCCUCAUAAAGUAAGGGAUCUCCAGCAGAAGCAGGCUAGGAAUGUAUGAAUUCACUGAGUGAAAGCUGAAGCCAGAAUUGAACCUCUCCUGGGUCCAACAGCAGAACACUGAACUGGGUGUAGUGGUAUAUGCCUGUGCUCCAAGUCCUGAACUAUGUAACAAGGCUCUGACUCAAAAUACAGAUGGGCUAAGGCUGUAUAUAUAGCUUAAUAAUAGUAAAGUGCCCACCUAGCAUGUGUAAGACUACAAAGAGCACACUUGUGAGCUUCAGAAAUGUGUGGAAAAGGAGCCUGAAAGACUUGACUAGGAAACAAAACUGGUGUGAAAGAUAUUUGAUGGAGUGUGUAUUACUGUUAGCUUCCCUAUAGAGGGAGAUGGCACAUUGUCUUCUACCCUGGAACUGUAGAGAAUUGAACAUACUCAUUGCUGACACCUAGCUGGUACUGAAGGGAGUGGCUGGAUAGCACGAGGCUUACUGCUUGUGUGGACCUGGGCAUCAGUGCAGAGAUUUCUGCAGCCCUGUCCCACACACCAAGUGGUCUUUCUCCUGACCUCUAACCGUAUCCUGGCUCCCCAAAACAGGCUGAAUAAGCACCCAAAGGCCCCAUGCAACCUGACAUCAAGGAGAACUCUGGGGUCCCCACUCCUGCCUCCAUGCAAAUAUCCGAUGCAAGCUGCAUACCCAAACCACAGACUCUCCUGAUGGAGGGAACACCAAUUACCUGCUGUAGGCUGACUGGCCUACACCAAAAGCAAGAGAGUUAGCUCUUGCUAGGCUAUAAACAUCACCUUUCCCAGCCUUUCUCAGGGCACUCAGCCUUUCCUGUAGCUCAGAGCAUGUAGUAGUAACUAUUUGAAACAUGAUGCAGGGAUUUCAGUGCAAAGUUUGAGUUUUUAAAACAACUUGUCUAGACACCCCUUUUAGGCAGUGUGGAGAGCAGUGCUGUGCAACCCCACUCAAACAUAAGACUGGGAGUUAGCUAGGUGUGGUGGCUCACACGUUUAAUCCAGAAGGCAGAGACAAGCUAAGUUCAAGACCAACCUGGUCUACAUAGUGAGUUCCAGAAGAGCCAGAGCUACACAGUGAAACCCCAUCUAAAAAUAAAACAACCCAAACAACAGAAGACUAAGUUAAUAACCAUUGUCUUAAAGGUUUUAGUUACUUGACAGAUGCUUUGCAGGCUAUCCCAUUAACCCACACUCAUGGCAGGCCCUUAGCAGUACCCUGGCUGCUACUGAAAGCAUUCCGAGACUGGUAGAGCCACUCAAAGAAAAACAGAAAUAAUGAGGGACUUUUGGCACCCAGUCUUCAGGCUUCUUAGUGUAAUUUUUGUUAGGGGAACUGGCUGAGGUUAUAGGCUGCUUCAAGUCCAGGCACCUAGCUUCUGACAGAACUGUGGGGCUGGAUUGUGUGCAGAGCAGCCUGACCACCAGUUUCUCAUUUAGCUACCUGGCUAUAUAUAGCACCGGAGUCCAAGCAGCUCCCUGGCUGUAUUUCUGUGAUACUGGUAAGGAGCUAGCCCAUCACUAGAGUUUAAAAACUAGAUAGCCCAAAGACUUCAAGGCCUGUCCAGUUUCUGUGGGUCACGGGUGACCCUGGCAGCUUCCAUGGUGGGGGGAGGACUCCAUAGGCAGCAUUUGCCAUAAAGAGGUGCAGUUGUAAGAAUCCUAGCUGACACAGCCCACUCUAGCUUGCCAGUCAACAUGCUCUUGGCUCAUCUCUCCUUUAGAAGUUAGUCAUACCACAUAUCCAGUUUUAUUUUAACUAGGAAUAGGUUAUAAAGAACACUAAAUUCACUAUUAGUUUCUAUCACAGACUUUAAUUUAAAUGGAUUAUAAAUCACUUUAAGAUCUACCUUUGGUGUUAAUGCUUUAAUGCCAGGAUUCAAAACCAGUUCUGUGGUAUGUGGCUUUCUGUGGGUGUGCUAUGUAGAAUAGUAAGCAUCCCAGUCACAGUGGCUCCUUGACAAUCAGAAUUCUAGGUGACCUUCCAUUACAGCGCUUGACAGGGCUGGAGUGUGUGUCUGUGAACAGAGCAUCUUUCAGGGCCACUCUGCAGCAGUCGCAUACUUGCGCCAUCUCACCUGGCAUUUAGUUUCUGUUCUGAUACAGCCAAUCUGGUUGCCAGACUAAAAGUUAUGAGUAGAAGAAAAUGGACCCUCAUUGAGCCAGGGAGCCUAUGAGCACAGCUUCCAGAACCAGCUUAGGCCUCAGUUUAUGUGCAUAGGGUGUGGCCUCUGGCAAAUAAAAAUGUCCCCUAAACUCCUCAUUCAAACAUUUUACGCUUUAGUGUGAGGUGUUUCCUACAAAGUUGUGGUCAGGUGUUCACUAUAAUUGAAAUGUUAAUUUGUAGAAAUAUUUAUUCCUUUGUGUGACAAGCUAGAGUCCUUGGCUAUAGCUAACCAUUUUUAUUGUGUAAAUACUGCUUGAUUUUACAUGAACUGUAUCAUAAUAAACUAUUUUUGCAUUGCC